AUGGCUUGGGUGGGGCCCCUGGCUAGCCACACCCUGAAAGCUACAGAAGCAGCCGACUCCCUGGCCCUGGCCCAGCUUCCUGCCAGGGUCAGGGUGGCACUUGCACUGAGGGAGGGUCUCUCUUCCUCUGCAGGAAAAUUCUGGCACAUCUCUGACCUGCACCUUGACCCCAACUACACCGUAUCUGAAGACCCUCUCCAGGUGUGCCCAUCAGCUGGCUCCCAGAACGUGUCCAAUGCGGGCCCCUGGGGUAACUACCUCUGUGACUCUCCUUGGGCCCUCAUCAACUCCUCCAUCUAUGCCAUGAAGAAGAUCCUACCAGACCCAGACUUCAUCCUCUGGACCGGGGAUGACACACCUCAUGUGCCCAAUGAGAAGUUGGGAGAGGCUGCUGUGCUAGAAAUUGUGGAACGCCUGACCAAUCUCAUCAGAGAGGUCUUUCCAGAUACUAAAGUCUAUGCUGCUUUGGGGAAUCAUGACUUUCACCCCAAAAGCCAGCUUCCAGCAGGGAGCAACAGGAUCUACGAUCGGAUAGCAGAACUGUGGAGCCCCUGGCUCAGUAAUGAAUCCAUUGCUCUCUUCAAAGAAGGUGCCUUCUAUUCUGAGAAGUUGCUGGGUCCGAGCAGGGCUGGGCGAAUUGUGGUCCUCAACACCAAUCUGUACUAUACCAACAACGGGCAGACAGCUGGCAUGGCCGACCCUGGCCAGCAGUUCCAGUGGCUGGAAAAUGUGCUGACCAAUGCUUCCCAGGCUGGGGAAAUGGUGUACAUUAUUGGCCAUGUGCCCCCAGGGUUCUUUGAGAAGACACGGAACAAGGCAUGGUUCAGGCAGGCGUUCAACGAGAGGUACCUAGAUGUGGUCCAGAAGCACCAUAGGGUCAUUGCAGGGCAGUUCUUUGGGCACCAGCACACUGACACCUUCCGGAUGUUCUACGAUGCCACAGGUGCCCCCAUCAGUGUCAUGUUCCUCACACCUGGAGUCACACCCUGGAAAACCACAUUACCUGGAGUAGUAAAUGGAUCCAACAAUCCAGGCAUCCGGGUGAUCGAAUAUGACCGAGCCACACUGAGCCUGAAGGACGUGGUUACUUACUUCAUGAACUUGAGCCAGGCGAACACGCAGGGAACGCCUGACUGGAAGCUCGAGUAUCGGCUGACCAACGCCUACAGGAUCCCAGAUGUGGGCCCUGGCUCCAUGCACACGGCGCUGGACCGCAUCGCUGGUGAUCAAAGCAUACUGCAGCAUUACUAUGUUUACAACUCUGUCAGCUAUGACGUUCGGGAUUGUGAGGAGUCCUGCCGUGUCGAGCAAGUGUGUGCACUGCGUGAGGUGGCUUUCGACGCGUAUGCUGCCUGCCUGCGCGCCCUUGGCGUCGCGCCCGCACCGCAGCUCGUGCUGGUGCUUGCGGCGCUGGUAGGCCUGAGCGCCCUGCUAGUGCCAUGA